AUGAUAAAGACAUUACUCAGAAGAAUGUCAACUAAUACCAUACCAUCAACUACUAACGGUAGCACCACUUCUUGGACUGCUGCAAAAGUUAGAUCUACUUUCUUAGACUACUUUAAACAAAACAAACACACUUAUGUCCCAUCUUCAUCAGUUGUCCCACAUAAUGACCCAACUUUGUUGUUUGCCAAUGCUGGUAUGAACCAAUAUAAACCUAUUUUCUUAGGUACUGUUGAUCCAGCUAGUGAUUUUGCAACUUUGAAAAGAGCUGCCAAUUCUCAAAAAUGUAUCAGAGCUGGUGGUAAACACAAUGAUUUAGAAGAUGUUGGUAGAGAUUCUUAUCAUCAUACAUUCUUCGAAAUGCUUGGUAACUGGUCUUUCGGUGAUUAUUUCAAAAAAGAAGCUAUUGAUUUCUCUUGGGAAUUAUUGACUAAAGUUUACGGUUUGCCAGAAGAUAGAUUAUACGUUACCUAUUUUGGUGGUGAUGAAAAACAAGGUCUUGAACCAGAUUUAGAAGCCAAAGAAUUCUGGUUGAAAGUUGGUGUUCCAGAAGAUCACAUUUUGCCAGGUUCUGUUAAAGAUAAUUUCUGGGAAAUGGGUGACCAAGGUCCUUGUGGUCCAUGUAGUGAAAUCCAUUUCGAUAGAAUUGGUGGUAGAAAUGCUUCUGAUUUAGUCAAUAUGGAUGAUCCAAAUGUCAUUGAAGUCUGGAAUGUCGUUUUCAUUCAAUUCAACCGUGAGGCUGAUGGUAACUUGCGUUCAUUGCCAAACAAACAUAUUGAUACCGGUAUGGGUUUUGAAAGAUUGGUUUCUAUUUUACAAGACAAAUCAUCCAACUAUGAUACUGAUGUUUUCUUACCUAUUUUCGACAAAAUCAGAGAAAUCACCGGUGUCAGACCAUAUACCGGUAAAUUCGGUUCUGAAGAUAAAGACGGUAUUGAUACUGCUUAUAGAGUCAUUGCUGAUCACGUCAGAACUUUAACAUUUGCUAUCUGUGAUGGUGGUGUUCCAAACAAUGAAGGUAGAGGUUAUGUUUUGAGAAGAAUCUUGAGAAGAGGUUCUCGUUAUGUCCGUAAAUACAUGAACUACCCAAUUGGUGGUUUCUUCCAACAAUUAGUUGAUGUUGUUAUUGAACAAAACAAAGAAAUCUUCCCAGAAAUUGCCUCUGGUGCUCAAGAUUUGAAAGAAAUCUUGAACGAAGAAGAAUUGUCCUUUGCCAAAACCUUGGACCGUGGUGAAAAAUUAUUCGAACAAUAUGCUAUCAUUGCUUCAAAAACCCCAGAACAAACUUUGUCCGGUAAAGAUGUUUGGAGAUUAUAUGAUACCUAUGGUUUCCCAGUUGAUUUGACCAGAUUGAUGGCUGAAGAAGCUGGUUUGAAGAUUGAUGAACCAGGUUUCGAACGUGCUAAAGAAGAAUCUAGAGAAGCUUCUAAAGGUAAUGGUACUAAAGAUGGUAAGACCUUGGUCAAAUUAGAUGUCCAUGCUCUUUCUGAAUUAGACAAAAACGAUGCUAUUCCAAAGACAAAUGAUGAAUUCAAAUAUGGUACCGAAAAUGUCAAAGCUACUGUUGUUGGUAUCUAUGAUGGUUCUAAAUUUGUUGACUCUAUUGAAGACUCAAGCGUUCAAUGUGGUAUCUUGUUGGACAAGACUCCAUUCUAUGCCGAACAAGGUGGUCAAGAAUACGAUACUGGUAAAAUUGUUAUUGAUGGUAAAUCUGAAUUCAAUGUUUCCAACGUUCAAGUUUACGCUGGUUAUGUCUUGCACACUGGUAACAUCCUCGAAGGUAAAUUAAGUGUAGGUGAUGAAAUCAUUGCCACUUAUGAUGAAUUGAGAAGAUGGCCAAUCAGAAACAACCAUACUGGUACUCAUAUUUUGAACUUUGCCUUGAGAGAAGUCCUUGGUGAUGGUGUUGACCAAAAGGGUUCUUUGGUUGCUCCAGAAAAAUUGAGAUUUGAUUUCAGUCACAAACAAGCUCUUUCACCAAAAGAAUUGGAAAAAGUUGAAGCUAUUUCUAACAAAUACAUUAAAAACAACGACAAAGUUUUCUACAAAGAUGUUGCUUUAGCUCAAGCUAAAGAAAUUACUGGGUUUGAGAGCUGUUUUUGGUGA